CGCCUUUCUUCAAUAUACAGUCACUGACUAAUUCUGCAGAGGUCGGUCAUUUCCAUCAAUAUUAAAGCUCAACAAUCCUCCACUCAAACACACCACUUCCUUCUUCAAUAGUCUGCAAAGUCCUAAAGCGAAUCGAUUGACUGCAUCAUCUUCCUGAAUUCGUGCUAAUCAAAGCACUGACAGCCAGUACAAGCUUGCACAAUAGCUACUAUUUACUUCGAUUCAUCGUCUUUUACUCUCUUACAUUGACAAUUUGAUCCAUCGCGCCAAUCUAUCUCCCAUUGCGUCAAUCGAUCUUUACCUAUCACAUCUUUCGAAACUCAGUAGUAGCCGCAGUCUCAUCACAAGCUCUUAUUCAGCCAUCAAUUCCCACGAGGCCACACCUAAAAUACAGUUUCGCCCUUGAUAUCUCAAGCACUAGCCACCAAAUUUACGGACCCAGAAAUCAAAAUGGACGAAGUCAGACGUGAAGUAGAGGCCAUGCUUGCUGGUCUAGAUGACAAUCUCGCGGCAACCAUGAUCGAAUUUUGCUACAAGACAACCAAACACAUCGAAGUUCAUCGCGCAAAGAAACUCAGACUCUGGAAGGAAUUCUACGAGCCACCACCUAUGAAUAACCCUGCUGACAGGCGCUCGGCUGAGUAUAAGCAGAUGAUAGAUGAUAAAUACUACCAACUGAAUAAAAAGCUUCCAGCAUUGGAGAAAUUGCGAACUCUUGGUAAGUAUUCCGAUCACUCUGUUCAAAACAGCUGACUAAUUGAGAAUAGAGUUAGAAAGGCAAAUCGCACUAGAGGAAUUGAAUUUCCAGGUAUUGAUGGCCGAGGAGUGUGAGAAGCGCGAGGACUCAGAGAAGGCGAAGGAGACGCAGGGAACUGGUGAAGGUCCAGAGGACGAAAUCAGCGAGAAGUAAGGUGGCCUAAGAGGAACAUAUGGUUAUGAUUGUGCAUUUCUGGUGUGUAAUUUCGGCACAAGAAAGAACAAAGAUCACACAUAUCACGCGAAAAGGCACCGAUUGACCUACGUCGGCGCCAAAUGAAGGAUAAACUCGGAUUUUCUUUUUGCAUCUUGUUUUACACUAGGGGCUCUAUAUGACUUUUUUAGAUAUCGUCAUGCCUACAAUAUUAUUUAAUUUCAUUAUUUCAACUAGAAUGAUCUCAUGAAAGCCGUGAAUUCAGAUUGAUGUUGCAGAGAAAUUCUUGAAAGUGGCAUGUAAUAUUUCCAUUAACACUAUAGAUGCGGAGGCUGGCAUGGCCUGGGGUAAGAAGUCUUGCGAACUUCAAAAUGGCACUCAACCUGAAAAGAAUAUUCCGGCAGCAGGACAACGACAUAAAGGUGAUAGCAUAUGGAAUUGGAUCUGCUAAUCCGCACCUGUAGAACCUCGCGGUAUUAGCUGAAGAGGAACAAAUGGACUCACCUCGGUCUUGAAGUUGUAGUAGGUACAAUAUCGCUCCUUCCUUCCCAAAGUUUGUUUGACCAGACUAAUGGAGCAACAAUGUAUUUUUAUGUUUCAUCAUCAAUAAGCUAUCAGGGUGAAACUAGUCUCUGGUUCUGAUUGUGCCUAGCAGAAGCGGAUUAGAAUACAAAUGGACAUUAGAGGAGGAAGAUUCAAGGCAGAUUAGUUACCUUUCCAUUUCAGCCUUCAUGAACGACACUCAAUCCACUCAAAGGUGCAACGACCAAGUCCUCAACUAUUGAAUGGAGGAAAAUGGAUGGAAAUUUUCAUCAGGUAGUUUGCGCGAAGAUUCCUAAUAAAUAUCAUAUUCAUAUUCAUCCAUGUUUGUUACGUUGUUCUAGUCUGAACGCGUAGGAGCGGGUGGAGUCCGUUUACUCAUUGGGAAUUAACAUUGCGGUAUUCCAGAAUCUUCAUUUACGGAUAGAAGUGAGUGAAGAAGAGAAACCUAAAUUGUCAAGAUAUUGUUAGCAUUUUCAUGAUGCGUUCCACUUGAUCUCAGAAGAUACAUAGG